AUGGAGAAGAAGGCAUCAAUCUUAUAUGACAAUGUCGAGGACUUCCUCCGAAAUAAUAGUAACCUGAUGCCCAUCAAGUACUCUUACUCAGAGAUCAAGAAAAUGACCAACGGCUUCAAACACAAGUUAGGUGAAGGAGGCUAUGGCUAUGUGUAUAAAGGUAAGCUUCGAAGCAAUCGCGAUGUAGCCAUCAAGUUACUGGCAAAGUCCAAAGCCAAUAAUGCACAAGAUUUCAUAAGCGAAGUUGCCACUAUUGGCAGGAUUCAUCAUGUCAAUGUGGUGCAGCUGAUUGGAUUCUGCACUGAAAGAAAUAAGCGAGCUCUUGUUUAUGAAUUUAUGCCUAAUGGAUCACUUGACAAGUACAUAUUCUUGGAGAGACAAAGCAACACGCCCAUCAAUUACGAGAAAAUAUUUAACAUUUCUCUUGGAUUGCCUCGAGGAAUUGAAUAUUUACAUCGAGGAUGUGUGCAAAUUUUACACUUUGAUAUCAAACCUCACAAUAUCCUUCUUGAUGAAAAUUUUAAUCCAAAGAUUUCGGAUUUCGGAUUGGCUAAGUUGUACCCAUUAGAUAAUAGUAUUGUGUCUCUGACAAAUGCAAGAGGAACAUUUGGAUACAUGGCUCCUGAAUUCUUGUACAAGAACAUUGGAGGAAUAUCACACAAAGCUGAUGUUUAUAGUUUUGGGAUGCUACUAAUGGAAAUGGCUGGCAGAAGGAAGAACUCGAAUGUCAUUGAGCAUUCCUGGCAGACCUAUUUUGCUAAAUGGGUUUAUGAUCAAUUUGAGGAAUCAAUAGAGGGGAGCAAUAUCUCAGAUGAGGAAAGAAAUUGCAAAGAAGAUGAUCAUAAUAGCUUCACAUUGCAUACAGAUGUAUCCUAA